AUGAAUGAAUAUACUAAAAAAAGGAAAAGGAAGACUUUACGCCCUUCUCGUUAUUCAGAUUCCUCUGGAAUAAGUAGAAUUGCAGAUGGAUUCCAUGGAAUUUCUUCUGAUCAUUGUUACAGUGUUUGUUCUAUGAGACAACCAGAAAAAUAUUUUGACAACAAAACAUGACAACUAAAUGAUGAUGAUUCUGAUACAGAGACAUCAAAUGACUUGCCAAAAUUUACAGAUGGAAUCAAGGCCACAAACAGAAAUCAAAACUACCUGGUUCCAGGUCCUGUACUUAGAAUUGUAGACAACACUGCCUUUUCUACAGAAAAAUUUGCUGAUACUGAAAUUUGUGAUGAAGAGUGCGACUCCCCUGAAUCAAUCAACCAGCAAACUCAAGAGGAGAGCCCUAUAGAAGUUCACACUGCUGAAGAUGUUCCAGUUGCUGCAGAAGUGCAUGCAAUUUCUGAAGAUUAUGAUAUAGAGACCGAAAACAAUUCCUCUGAGAGUCUCCAAGACCAAACUGAUGAAGAGCCACCAGCUAAAUUUUGCAAAAUUCUUGACAAGAGCGAAGCUUUGAAUGUGACUGCCCAGCAGAAAUGGCCUUUACUGAGAGCUAAUAGCAGUGGCCUCUAUCAAUGUGAACUUUGUGAGUUCAACAGCAAAUAUUUUUCUGCUUUCAAGCAGCAUAUGAUCUUGAAGCAUAAGCGUAGUGAUUCAGAUGUGUGUCGAGUAUGCAAAGAAAGUUUCUCUACCAACAUGCUUCCGAUCGAACAUGCCAAACUGCAUGAAGAGGAUCCCUACAUUUGUAAAUACUGUGACUAUAAGACAGUAAUUUUUGAGAACCUCAGCCAGCACAUUGCAGACACCCAUUUUAGUGAUCACCUUUAUUGGUGUGAGCAGUGUGAUGUACAGUUCUCCUCAAGCAGUGAACUCUACCUACAUUUCCAGGAGCACAGCUGUGAUGAACAGUACUUGUGUCAGUUCUGUGAACAUGAAACGAAUGAUCCAGAAGACUUGCAUAGCCAUGGGGUAAAUGAGCAUGCAUGUGAAUUAAUAGAGUUAAGUGAUAAGUAUAACAGUGGAGAACAUGGACAGUACAGCCUCUUCAGCAAAAUUACAUUUGACAAAUGUAAAAACUUCUUUGUAUGUCAAGUAUGUGGGUUUCGGAGUAGACUUCAUACAAAUGUUAACAGGCCUGUUGCUAUUGAACAUACUAAAAUUUUUGCUCAUGUCUGUGAUGACUGUGGGAAAGGCUUUUCAAGCAUGCUAGAAUAUUGCAAACAUUUAAAUUCACACUUAUCUGAAGGGAUUUAUUUAUGUCAAUAUCAUGAAUAUUCAAGAGGACAGAUUGAAGAUCUUAAAAUUCAGUUAGAUUUCAAGCAUUCAGCUGAUUUACCUCAUAAAUGUAGUGAGUGCUUAAUGAGGUUUGGAAAUGAAAGGGAAUUAAUAAGUCACCUUCCGGUCCAUGAGACAACUUGA